UGCUGAGCACAUACAAUGUGACAAGUCUCCAGUCCACUCAGAACAACAGCCUCUCCAGCAGAGUGUCACCUCCUGCCUUAGGAUCACCAAGCUCUGCUUGCUGGACCUCACCCUGCCUCCAGGAUCAUAUUGCAAGGCUUUCACCCUUCCCCACCUUGCCUGGGGGUACAUUUCCUCUGCGGAAUCUCAGAAAAUCAAAUUCCAUCCUAAGAAUAGUUCACCAAGAAUUUCCUUAGGAGCUGUUCUGGGGUCCUACGAUGAUACACCAACCACUUGUGCUACCACCAGUCAAAACUAUGGAUGGCCCCACCUUCAGGCGGAAUCUUUACCAUUGGAGCCACCGGGAAAGCACGAUAGAAGUAGAGGUGGAAACAUUUAGUGCUUAGAUCAUGGCUUGGAAUUGAGUCAUGACCUCCAGAUUUAAGACAUUCUUCAAGACAAUUUUGAAUAUGAUCCAAGAGAAAAUGUGAUUUGAGUCUGGAGACAAUUGUGAUUAUCAGCUAAUAGUAAAAGCCCAGUGUAGCUGACUGAAAAGAAAACAUAAUUUGGAAGAUUGCUACAAUAUAAAGAGAAGUUUCUUUUAGUUUGAUUUAUAUAUAUAGCAUAUUUCAUUUUGGCUUUAAUGAUGGAGAAAAAGUUUUUCCUGUCUUUUCUGUUCCUCUUGCCUUUUUUCAUGAUUCUUGUUAUAGCAGAAUCCGAAGAAGAGAACCCCGAUGACUUAAUUCAGCUGGGUGUUACUAGAAAUAAAAUCAUGACGGCUCAAUAUGAAUGUUACCAAAAAAUUAUGCAAGACCCUGUGCAACAAACAGAAGGCAUUUAUUGUAACAGAACCUGGGAUGGAUGGCUGUGCUGGAAUGAUGUUGCUGCAGGAACGGAAUCAAUGCAGCACUGCCCCGAUUACUUUCAAGAUUUUGAUCCUUCAGAAAAAGUUACAAAAAUCUGUGACCAAGAUGGAAACUGGUUUAGACAUCCAGCAAGCAACAGAACAUGGACAAAUUAUACCCAAUGUAAUGUUAACACACAUGAGAAGGUGAAGACUGCACUGAAUUUGUUUUACCUGACUAUAAUUGGACAUGUAUUAUCUAUUGCAUCACUGCUUAUCUCACUUGGCAUAUUCUUUUAUUUCAAGAGCCUAAGUUGCCAAAGGAUUACCUUGCACAAAAAUUUGUUCUUCUCUUUCGUUUGUAAUUCUGUCAUAACCAUCAUUCAUCUCACUGCAGUGGCCAACAACCAGGCCUUAGUGGCCACAAAUCCUGUUAGUUGUAAAGUGUCCCAGUUCAUUCAUCUCUACCUGAUGGGCUGUAACUACUUUUGGAUGCUUUGUGAAGGCAUUUACCUACACACGCUUGUCGUAGUGGCUGUAUUUGCAGAGAAGCAGCACUUGAUGUGGUAUUAUUUUCUUGGCUGGGGAUUUCCACUGAUUCCUGCUUGUAUUCAUGCUGUUGCCAGAAGAUUAUAUUACAAUGACAACUGCUGGAUCAGUUCUGAUACGCAACUCCUCUACAUUAUCCAUGGCCCAAUUUGUGCUGCUUUAUUGGUGAAUCUUUUUUUCCUAUUAAAUAUUGUACGUGUUCUUAUCACCAAGUUAAAAGUUACUCACCAAGCAGAAUCCAAUCUCUACAUGAAAGCUGUGAGAGCCACACUUAUCCUGGUGCCGUUACUUGGCAUUGAAUUUGUGCUGAUUCCAUGGCGACCUGAAGGAAAGAUUGCAGAAGAGAUAUAUGAUUACAUCAUAAACAUCCUCAUGCACUAUCAGGGUCUCUUGGUAUCUACAAUUUUCUGCUUCUUUAAUGGAGAGGUUCAAGCAAUUCUGAGAAGAAACUGGAAUCAAUAUAAAAUCCAAUUUGGAAACAACUUUUCCCACUCAGAUACUCUCCGUAGUGCAUCUUACACAGUUUCAACAAUCAGCGAUGGUACAGGUUACAGUCAUGACUGUCUAAGUGAACACUUAAAUGGAAAAAGCAUCCACGAUACUGAAAACGUGGUCAUAAAACCGGAGAAGUUAUACGAUUGAUAAUAGAGGGUGUAUUGCUGAACUAUUUUUUGCCACUCCUAACUCAAGGAUUUGGAUCCAUGACUUUACAACCACAAGACUUCAGUAUUAGAUGAAUUAGUUGAAGGUGAUAAAGAAAACGCUCAUGAAUUCAGUCGUGUGUUGAUAAAUGUUUCGCACUAGCUCCAUGGGGGAAAAUUGUCUUGAUCUAUGAUUUUUGCCAGUUUUAGGUUGUAAAUACUCCCACCAUGACUCAUUUCCAGCUAUCAACAUCACUGCAUGUGGAACUGGGUAAAGAUGAGCACAUUCUAUUCCUGUAGGUUGGUUUGAGCCACCUCCAGGACACUACUGCUUAAAUCCACAAAUAGUUAUAAAAGUUCAUAGACACGGUGGGCACAAUUCCACUCCUGUUGCCUAAAGAGGCCUAGUGAAGGCCUCUUUGGCCUUCAGAUUUGGAGGGAAAAUGACCUUUCAUUCGUUUUUAAAAUCUUUUCCCCAAGUUCAUUGCUGCAGUUGAUUUUUUACCCAGAAAAUGUUCUAGCUCUUUUGUUUUUAUUUUUUAAAGUGAACCUGAUAAUUAAUUAUUCCUCUUUGCUUACUGUCUUCUCCCCAGGAAAAAUAUUGAGCAGAAUUGCUGUUGGCUACUUAUUUGCUGAUUCAUCACAGUUAUACCCUUUGUCAUAUGCAUUUUUGAGACUUGAUGAAUAAUAUAUAUGACAUGCAAUCCUGCUUUGGUAUUAUUAGGGAGACAUCUUGGUUGAUACUGCAAAACAUGUUGUCAACUACUUUCCUAUAUUAGUACACAAAUGGGAAGGAAUUCAUGUCCAUGUACCUGUAAAUAGAAACCUUGCCCCUUCCAUUUCUACUAUAUGGACAAAUUAGCAAUUAUUUUACAUGAAGGAAAUCAAUGAAGGGUUUAUUAUUUCCUCAAAAGUUUGUAAAAAAUUGUGAAAAAUGAGCUUGUAAAUACUCUUUCAUUCUAUUUUAUAGCCUCAAAUAUAUACAAUCUACAUAAUUUUUAAAAACAAAUGCUUAAUGUAACAAAGUGUGCAUGCUAAUAUCUGAUACUGUCUCUGGGCUAAUUUUAUAAUAAAAUAGAAUCUGGAAUUCUAUAUUUGUUUAUUUUAAAGACAACCAGAUGUCAGCAUCAGAAGUUUGAGAACUAGGUUUGAGAAAUAUCUAUGAUAAGAUAUAAAAUAUUUAUUUAAAUAUCCCUCAAGGCCAUUGUUUUAUUGAAUAUUUUUGCUUUGGUGAUUCAAAUCUUAAUAAUAGGUAUGUUUGACAUAUUUUUCCUUUUAUUUUGACGAUGAAUUUUCAUUCUAAUCCAGAAAAUUUAAAUGACUUCUGUAACAAAUGCCUGUUUGUUACUCUUUUGGUUUUUAUCCCAUUAAAAAUAUUACUUUCCUGACUUACUAUAAGAUGAUAUAUAGUUUUGGAAAUACUCCAGGCUAUUUUUUAAGACUAGACAAAUAUAUAUCACAUACAAUGUUUUAAUAUUUUAAUAGAGAUAGUAUAUAUGAUGAUACAAUACAGUAUUGGAACAUUUAUGGAAUAAUGAAAUUAAGAUGGAAGAAAUCUUCCCUAAUGAAUUAAAGUGAUAUUUAAAUGGGAUUCAUUUUCCCUAAUGUCAUUUUCCACUGAAAUUUUUGAAAUUCAUAAGUCAAUUUUGGCAGGAGAAUUCAUUAUUUUUCUUUUUUGUGUGUGGUGUGUCAAUCUGCUUAAAAUAGAGUAGACUAAUGACUUAGUCAUCACAGGUUUUUUCUUAAGCUGUAAAUAAAUGGUAAGUUCAGAAGCCCUCUGAAAUUGUCCAGGAAAAUCAUCUAAAUUAAUAAGAAUUCACUUAUUAAAAGGACUGAUCAAUAGAUUUAUGAUUUACCUAUACACAGGUAAAAGCUGUAUUGUUAGUCUCAGAUUUAUGGAUUUCAAAAUAAGUUGUCAUUAAAAGAUAUGCAGGCUGUUCCAGUCUUUCUAAUGCUAAAUUCUAUAAUUCCUUUAAAUAAACUUACUUUUAGCUAUUAUUCAAAGACACAGAUUCAAGUCCUUUGCUGGCACUGUUUAUAUGUUUCAGCAUUCUACCAGACAAACUAUCAAGUCUUAACCAUAAAUGACAAUAGAAAAUGUCAAAUUAUCCACAAGCAUCAUAUUAAAAAUACAUUGUAACUUUCAAGUAUUUUUACUGUGCUUUUAUCAUAUUCAGUUUAGAUCAGAUUUCCUUUUUGGCCAGGAUUUAUCUAUUGUACCACCUUUAGGCGUAGACAGUCCAUGAUUAAUGAGUGUUAGUUUUGUACCCAUAUAUUUUUGGAAGUAAUAUUUUUAAAUAUUAGACUUCUCUAAAGCUGAAGUACUAAUAAUUAAGAUCUCCUUUGUAUUUUACUCAUGAAGAAAAAGUAAAACAUAUAAUUUUUAAAAACAAACUGCUUUGGUAUCUAAAGGCUUACUGGGGAAUUUCUAACUUUUAAAAUGUAAAUCUGCUACUUUUCUGCAAGUACUUGCAAAAGUCAUUUUAAUUUUUUAAAAAUUCUAGUGUGUCAUUUUUUUAAAUUCUAAAUUUAUUUAGUGUGUUUAUUCAUAGAAUAUACAUUCUGACAUUUAGUGUUUGUUCUAAUGUAAUUCAUUGUACAUAGACGUAGUGGUAGCUGCCGUGCUGUAUUUAUUGCUUGAUAACUUUUUUACAAUGUGAACUUAUUUUAAUUUUCACUUGGUUUUAAUAUGCUAAUAAAAACUAUCAUUUCUUUUAUUUCUAAAACAUACCCAAGAUAUUCUUUUCAAUUAACUCAUGUUAUGCCUACUUAAUGUAUAUCUCCAUAUUUUGACUGUAUGAAAAUAUUAAAGGUAUGAGCUAAAGUUGAUUUUCA